AUGAUAUUGUAAAAUUAAUAGAUUUUUGAUAAGUAACAUACUGACUAUAUUUAAACUAGAUUUUAUCGGGUAAUAUAUAUUAUCGAUUGAUUUAGUCUUCAGAAUAAAUAAAGUAAGAAUAAUAUAAUCAAGAUGUAGAUAUUUGGGCAAUAGGAUGUAUUUUAGCGGAGUUAUAUCUAUUGAAUCCUUUUAUUCCUGGUACAACUACAGAGAUUGAUUAAUUAUAUCUGAUUAAAAAUCUCAAUCUAGAUUAAGAUUAGAAGAUAAUACUUAUACAACCUUUGAAUCUAAUCAAAAAUAUGCUUUAAGAAGAUCCAUUCUAUAGAGAAUAAUUAUACUAAUGUAAUUGGUUAUCUUAGCCAUUUAUCUAAAGAUUUGGAAUUGAAAGAUGAUACUAAAUACUUAAUAAGUUCUCUCUAUAAAUACUUGCAAAAGUUAAUAAAGUAAGAAAAUAAUAAUUAAAAUUUCAUCAAUCAUCAUACUAAACUUAAUUUUAACUUUAAAUCUUAAAAUGUUGUUUAUACUAAUCUAGAAGAGGAUUUAGAUUAUGGUUAUAUCCCUUCUUAUAUCACAUCAGUAUAAACAACAAACAAAAAAAGAUAAUUCAGAUUAUAGACUGAAAAAUAAUCAAAUUCUUAAUGA